AUGGUGCCAAUCGUGAGGAACUUCCCCUGGAUCAACAGCAUCGCCGCAAUGGUUCCAGUGGCGCUUUUGAAAGCCAUCAAUCCACACGUAGCCGGCUUCAGGAUGUUUCAUCUGCUCAGUGAAGGACAUACAGAGAAGAUCAAGGCCCAUUUGUCCAGCGGCAGGGAGCGCGAUGAGUACCAUGAGAAGACCUCAGUCUUCCAUCAUCUCCUCUUGAGUGAUCUGCCAGAGGCCGAGAAAGAGCCGGGGCGUUUGAACAGAGAAGCAUUUGCGCUCCUCGCCGCUGGGACAAUUGCGACCGCCGCUACUCUGACUCUCAUAACGUACUUCGUUCUUCAAGACCCUGUCAUCCAGGACCGACUCCGCGACGAACUCAAAGAAGCCAUGGCUUGCUAUCCUGAGAAAGUCCCCCGGUGGACAGAUCUUGAGAAGAUUCCUUACUUGACUGGAUGCAUCAAAGAGGGUUUACGGUACGCUCCGAUCCCACAUGGUAUGCUGAAUCUGUGUCUGAGACAGCUCUAUGAACAUAGUCUCGCACGCUUCAUGAGGCGUAGUCCUCGCAUAUCCCCCGACCAGGAUCUCCAGUACAAACAGUGGACGAUCCCGAAGAACACGCCAGUGGGUAUGUCAGUCUGCCAUCUACAUAUGGACCCCGAAGUCUACCCCGACCCUUAUAAGUUUGUCCCCGACCGCUGGAUUGGCGAUGUCGAUCCCCGCGUAAACCGGAACUUUGUUCCCUUUGUGAGGGCUCCAGGAACUGCGUGGGCCUCAAGGAUGUACAUCGUCUUGAGCAUUCUCUUCAGGCCAGGAGGCCAUAAGAUGAGUCUGGACUGCGACGAGUCUGACAUCGUUCCGAUCCACGACAGCGAUGUAGGAACCCCCAAGCCGGACAGCCGCGGGCUUCGAGUUCGUUUCGAGUAA